AUGGAUGUUAAACCCAUAAUUUUACCAUCAAACUCCCAAGCAACGGCAAACAAUAAUACUCCUACUUCCACACAACCGAUUAUAACAACAACAAUAUCCUCCAACGCAUCUUCCUCAAACUCCAAUUCCACUUCCAUAACAUCAACAGCUUCCUCCUAUACAAAUAGUUCACCUACAACGGCUGCAUCUACGUCACAUUUACCGCUCGACUAUAGUCUCGGUAAUUUUAAACCAGCUAUUGCAUCCGAUUUUCCUGGCCCGUUUGUAAAUACCACCACAGCGGCGGUAACACAACCUUCCUCGUUACAAAUUCGUGAUAUUAGCGUUUUGACAACAAUGGCGGCGACAAUACCAUCUCCAACACAAUUAAUACACCAUCGAGUGCAUCAUCAGAUGCAUAAUCAUCAUCAGCAACAACAGCCACAACAGGCCCAGCAUAGUCCAAAUUUAGCGUCGGAGGCUCAUAGCCAUCAAACGAGUGCCCAGCAACAAAAUACACAACAAGAUUAUCAACCUGUGUCGGCAUUUAAAGCGGUGCUGCCAAAAAAGAAAACUACCGACGAUGAACUUGCCUUCAGCAUUAAUCGUUUAGUAAAGACUGAACAAUUGCAAGCCCACAGUGCAGCUAUGGCAGCAGCAGCUGCUGCAGCAGCCGCCGUCGCCGCCAAUUCCAACAAACUUAUUAAAGAAGAAACCAACAACAAUAGCCUUACAAUGUUGAGCAAAAAUCACAUAUUACAAUGGAAACUGGACAAUGCCAACAAUAAUGGAAUGCCCCUGCAUUACCCCAACUUGGCCAAUUUGGAAGCUGAACGUCUCUAUGAACGUGCCUCACGCUCGCGAUCACGUAGCCUAUCACGCUCGUCUUCGUCACAAAUUGAUUUAGAUGAUGACAGCAACUGUCGGCGCUCAUUACAUUCAAGAUCACGAUCAAGAUCCAGUUCAGUGGAGUUAGAAGUUGAUUCACCACCCACAUCCCCAGUGCCGCCAAGACUUCCAGCCUCCAGACCAUCAAGUGCCCACAAUACGAGUGAAAAAAUGAGCAGUAGUGAUGGCAGUAGUCGUACUAGUCCCAAAAAGUCUGAAAUGUUUUCGGUAUCCGCCUUGCUACGUAAAGAUGAUAACCAUCAAAAGUCAUCAUCCCUACAUACCCAUCCGACUGGCUGUGAUCCGUUUGAGGCUUUCCGACAAGCAUACCCCGCCAACUACGAACAAGCCAUGUUUCAAAGACCCUUCCUGUCGCCUGCCUUUCCCUUCUUUGCUGCAUUUGCCUUCCAUCAGGGUCAGCAACAGCAAUCUGGUUUAAGUUCGAGUUAUCACCCUGCCUCCCAAGAAGACCUAUUUAGAUUGCGUAAUUUAAUGGCGCCUCUACAGACUGCCCAGAAUGGUACUAGCCAUGCGGCAGCGGCUGGUGUCGGUGUUCCUGGUGCCAAUGGUCUACCACCAAAUUCUCAUUUGGGCCUGGCCGCUCACCCCUCGCAUUUGCAUCAUUUUCACCAUAUGGCUGCGAAGUGGCCUGGUUUACCACAAUUCAGUGACCUGUACUCAUGCAUGAAAUGCGAAAAAAUGUUCUCCACACCCCACGGUCUAGAGGUACACUCUCGCAGGACACAUCAUGGCAAAAAGCCCUAUGCUUGUGAGCUAUGCAAUAAGACCUUUGGCCAUGAAGUUAGUUUAAGUCAACACAGGGCUGUUCAUAAUGUCGAAAAAGUCUUUGAAUGCAAACAAUGUGGCAAACGUUUUAAACGAUCCAGCACCUUGUCCACUCAUCUGCUCAUACACAGCGAUACCCGACCAUUCCCUUGCAGUUAUUGUGGCAAACGUUUCCAUCAGAAAAGUGAUAUGAAGAAGCAUACGUACAUUCAUACAGGUGAAAAACCUCACAAGUGCCAAGUGUGCGGCAAGGCAUUCAGUCAAAGUUCCAACCUCAUCACCCAUUCACGUAAACAUACCGGCUAUAAACCAUUCUCCUGUAAACUCUGCCACAAGUCAUUUCAACGUAAAGUGGAUUUGCGACGUCACAAAGAAACGCAACACACAAAUUUGGGUCCAUUGCUCGAGCGCAAUAUGGGUAAGGUGGACUUUUUGGCAGCAGCGGCUGCGGCAGCCGCUCAAAGUGGCCAACAUGAAAAUGGAUUGCUUUCGAACGGCAGUAGUGGUUCCAGUCAAGUUGGUGGCUUGUCAUCGCCCCCGUCUGUGGGGGGUCCAUCACAACACCAUGGUCCUACGACAAAUACAGCCUUAAAUGCCCAGCUGACCGCAAUGAAUUGCCAAAAGGUAUCAUUGCUGGUAUAACAUCAACAACAACAGCAGCAUCACGAACAACAACAAAGUCACCAUACUCAAUUGUUGUCGCAAAUGCAACAAUCCUCACAUACUCAUCAGAAU